UUCGUCGAUGAGUGGAAUGUUGGCAAUUCCUAUCUCAUGAACAUUGAUCUUGGAGACGCAAGCGCACAUCACCGGACUGCUCUUCAUAAUGCUCAUAAAAUCUGAGGAAGUUUUAUAUUGCUGCGAUGAAAGCACAACAUUGGUAUGCUAUGAGAAACCCACACGAAGAGCGCUUUCAAAAAAACAACUGAUCAAUUGCGUACACAUUCUCCGGGAUUAAUUCGUAGGGAUUGCAGAUGCUGGUGACACACACGUGACAAGACGCCGACUACCUGGCGGCUGGGUUACACCAUUCGGAUAGUUCUGUUCUGUUUGGCAGUGACAUUCUGAUGAGCGUGAUCAAGAUACACUUGACCUGCAUGACGAGACACUAUGAUCUAACUAACAACUUGCGACAACAGAAAAUCAUAUUUUGAUCUUCUUCCUACAUGUACAUACGUGAUGCAUUUGUUAUUAUUCGUCGAGUUCGCAGAAAGCCCACUACAUCAUCGAGAUUAGCGUCUAUCCGCAAGGAAACAAUUCCACUGCUAAAACGAUUAUGGAGUAAUUAGAAUUAAUGUACAGUUGGGGGUGGACGUGAUACUUCAUUCCGCUUUACUACUUCAUCGUCGCGCUGAUGACAAAAUAAAUGAUGAUUCUAUAGAUAUCCUCACUGCUUUGAAGCGCAAUUGUUACAUGUAAGAGGUCUAUGGUUUCAAAAAAGGCUUUCAUUCAACGAGUUUCACACGUGACACUGGACAUCUCUCGUCAUGAAGACUGCUGGAAGAGUCAUAGUGUUUCUUGUCGCAUUCGGACUCUGCCUUGGAAUUCUCUGUGUUAUUAUGUUGGGUAUCUUCAUGCAUGAACAGAGGUCUAAGCCAAGGUUGUGCCUGACUCCGCGUUGUCUAAAGGAUGCUGCCAUUAUACUGGAAAGCCUGGAUCCUAGUGCUAAACCUUGCGAGGAUUUCUAUCAGUUUGCGUGCGGGAAUUGGCUGAGGGCUAACCCAGCGCCAUAUGGGUGGGUCCAUUGGAUACCCUAUAACAAGUUGUAUUAUGACAAGAAGGAACAAGCCAGGAGAGUGCUGGAACAGCCCGUGAAACGGAACUACACACACUCUGCUGAAAGGAAGCUCAAGGCCUACUACAAGUCAUGUAUGGAGUAUUCACCACCAAAACAAGAUGCAUUGGUGCUGAGAAGACUCAUACACCAGAUAGGAGGCUGGGAAAGAAACCUUACCCAUUUCAGUCUUACCGAAUGGGUGCCCCUAACCUUCAACCUGACCUCCGCCAUCACCUCCUCCCAGAUUACACUGGCAUCAGACGCAUUUGUCGAGCUCAACCUCCGCACUGACGCCAAUGGAAAGUUAUCUGUAGAUAUAAAACGACACCCUCAAGUCUGUUGCUACUUCAAGCACCCAGAGGAGCACAUUAACAACCUGAAACCAUUCAUGGCGUCCAUCACAAACUUCUUAGGCAUGCAAGGCGCGGCGGACUUUGAGGCACUUGUCAAGGGGAUUGGAAGUCUCUGUCUUGAUAUGUGUACUGCAAAGGGAACAGGCUCUACCAAUGUAACAACAUAUGGCAUUGUAGAACUGUUUCGUCUACUUCCACAACAGGUCGACUGGUGGGAGCCUCUAAAAAGCGCCUUCGACAUAAACCGAUGGACUAAUUUCAGUACGACACCCUAUGAUAUUUCCAUUCUUAACCAAUGGUUCCACUUAACUGCUAAAUAUUCUUUAAAAGUAUUUCGAGAUUAUCUCGUAUUCAACUUCAUCUGUGACCAUAUUUCCGUCAUGCCCAGAGCGAUACAAGAAGCCUAUCUCACCAUGACUAAAGAUUCGUAUGGGAUUCAGAAGCAGUUCUCACAUUGUAACAGUAAUGGGAGGUACAGUUACCGUUACAAGGACUGCACGAAGUUCACCUAUAGCACAGAUCGUGACUGGAGCCAUUGUCUACAGGAACACGUCAAUAGGGACAUGGCGCUGGCCCUCCUUGCCCAGCUCGAUAAAAAUACUGUAGAGUCAACAAUUGGUGAUAUAGAAUUACAAAACAUGCAACAAAGCAUUGAAGACGCCUUACUCCGCCGGAUGAAUUCGUUACCAUGGCUUCAGGAGAAAACAAAGGACAUCAUUAGGAAACGGAUCGACAACAAGCUAUUUGUACUUGGUGGGCCAAAGUGGAUUCGUGUCGAUAAAAAGUUAGAUAUAUUUUAUGAACACCUUAAGAUCAAUGAUAAAUCGACGUACUUGGAGAACUGCAUCAAUGCCAAGGUGUUCGCAAGGUCAGUGGAAGCGAAGGCUUUGGCCAAUCCUUCAAGGGAAUGGAGGUUCUUCAUUACAUUGCCAAAUGCAUUAGAGGCCAAUGCCUAUAACUUUGUGAAUGAUGGAACAAUAUGGAUAUUGGCGGCUACCAUGUUUGAACCUUACUACAACAAGUAUUCCCCGGCAUAUCGUAAUUAUGGAGGACUUGGUGUGACAAUUGGGCACGAGUAUGGACACGACUUUGAUAUGACCUCAACUCAAGAAUGGUUAAAUCCAGAUUUACUGCCGGGAUUGGCGGAACGCUACAACUGCCUGAAGAAGCACUUCCAAACGAUUAGCUACAGAACUUAUUACGUUGGUAAUGAUACCCAAUCGCUAGACGCGAUGGUGGCACAAGCUCUUUCAGAUAUAGUGGGCAUGAAAUGGUCGUUUGAGGCAUAUUUGCGGAGUGUUGACGAUGGGACCAUUUCUGACUCUCGACUGCCCGGCCUUUCCUUUACACCAGAACAACUCUUCUUUAUUAGUGCAGCUCAGAAAUGGUGUGGCAAGGAGUAUAAAAGGAUACGUCAUCCUUAUGCUAACCUUAGAGUAAUGGGAGCGUUUCAGCAGACACCCUACUUCGCGGAGGUAUACCAAUGUCCAGUCGGCUCCACAAUGAACCCGAGAGAACAAUGUGACAUUUGGUAGCCGUCGAUCGCCCAGGGGCCCAUGAAGACACACUGUGUUCGAUCCGUCGAAUACAGAUUGUACAUGAUAUGAGAACAUCAAGCCAUCAGAAAGAUGACGAAGACUUACCAUUGUCGGCCUCCGCGGAUGAAAGUUCAUCAGGGGAUUCAUAGCUCUUCAUAAGGAUUGCGAAUGAUGCCACUUGUUCAUGGCCACCGACGAUAUGCAUAGGUGGCUCAUGUUAAUUUGUUGUCUUGAGAAUUUUAUUUCCGUGAUGUUGUUGUUGAAUGUUAUGAUAUCAGUACCUGUUAUGACCUUUAUAGUAUUAUUCCAUAUACAAUGACUAAACAAUAAACGCAACAAUCAGGCUAUAACACUUGUAUUGGUUUCUUUGAUUAUCGCUUACUCGAUG